UCAUCUUCUUUCUCUCGUCGCGUGCGAUCUCCGCCUUUGUCGAGCGCACGCUAGGCAAGGGUUCACGACGUCACGACGCUCUUUAUAUCUCCCCCCACGCGAGUCCCAGCUUUUCAUCGAGCCCGGGUUUCCCAGCGCUUUGUCUAAAAUCGACCUGUCGUACCUAUCGAUUGCGCGUUCCUUAGUCUCGUCACGCUCUUGGUUUCGUCUUUUCUUUUUGACUUCCUCUCCUUUCUCUCUUUUUAUAUUAUUCUUUUGCAAGGCAUAUCACACAUCAUGUCCAAUCAAAGUCCGGUGGCUCCCAGCUCGCGAGACCGUGCCAACAGCCGUGCAAGCACGAGCAGCAUGAUGGGGUUAAGCUCAGGCAUAGCAGCGAACGGCAGUGAAGGCGACGAGAAGAACAGCGUCGUCAUCAAAGUCGGGAUGGUGGGCGACUCGCAGAUUGGCAAGACGAGCUUGAUGGUGAAGUAUGUGGAAGGCAGUUUCGACGAGGAUUAUAUCCAGACUCUCGGCGUCAAUUUCAUGGAGAAGACGAUCAGCGUCCGACGAACGACCAUCACGUUCUCAAUUUGGGAUCUUGGCGGCCAACGCGAGUUCGUCAACAUGUUGCCGCUUGUGUGCAACGAUGCGGUUGCUAUCCUGUUCAUGUUUGACCUAUCGCGAAAGUCGACGCUUAAUUCUGUUAAAGAAUGGUACCGACAAGCACGGGGCUUCAAUAAGACCGCGAUUCCAUUCCUCAUUGGCACUAAAUACGAUACCUUCGCGACGUUCCCUCGAGAUGAGCAGGAGGAGAUUACGAAGCAGGCUAAGAAGUUUGCAAAGGCGAUGCAUGCCAGUCUUAUCUUUUGCUCGACGUCGGCGUCGAUCAACGUGCAGAAGAUUUUUAAGAUCGUCCUUGCAAAGGCCUUCGACUUGAAAUGCGUUAUCCCGGAGAUCGAGGGAGUUGGAGAACCGAUAUUAUUGUACGUGGAUGUAUGAGAGUGUGGUGACGUGAAGGAGAACCGGAGAAAGGCCUGGUUUGAGUAUUUAGCCCGAGUUGUUUUUCCGUCGAAUUCACGGGCUGUGGAUACCCUAUCAAAACGCACGCGCAUAAAAACGGGUCUUCAAAAAGUUUGAUCUCGGAUCUCCACUUAGGAAAACUGGUGUCCGACAGUGGCACAGGACAGUUCACUUGGGACAAUCCAUUUCCAUAUUACUCCUUCACCGUCAAUCGUACGCAUUAUCUCAUUCUCAACGCGCGCUUUGUCUGUGUUUUCCAUAUUCUUUUAUUCUUCUGGUAUUACGUAUUCCAUCGUCUAUUUGAACUACGUCUCUCGUCCCAACAUCCUCAUGUGCCAUUUAUACGCUCAUACAUUUUCUUGUCGUAUUGUAGUCAUCAUCAUUCCUCUCUGCCUUUCUCUGCUUCCCCAUCCUCUGCCAUCCAUCUUCUUUACCUUUUCUGCAAUCCACCGUUCGUCCUCUGCUCGUUGAUUUACGUCGUGUCUGCUCGUACUCCGUCGUCAACCCCCAUCCAAUCCCACUACUUUGCCCAGCUUUGUCACUCUUCAUCCCUCGUCCCGUUACUCUCUCUGCGUGGCCAUCUGUGUACAUGCCUUGCAUUAGCAUGAUAUUAA